UCACGCCUGCCCAACAGCGUAGCGAAACUGGUUUGCAAAUGCCGUCACACACAUACACACACACACACACACACACUCACUCGAGACCCGUUUGACUAGCCACCCUGUGUAUCUGUAUGCGUGCGUGUACGCUGGCUCGCAACGCCAAGCGGCCUCAGACUCAGCUGCUGGCCAGUCAGUCUCUCAUUCGUCUCUCGUAUUCGCUGUCGUCAGCACACGCGCACGCAACGAGCAACGGAUUCGAGAGUUUCGCGUACGAGUUUUCGCCCUCACCUCGCCCAGCGUACUACACGCACGCACGCACGCACACACAUACACAGAAACACACGCACACACGUCGUCGGUUAUUCGCUUCGGUGACGGCGCUCGUUAACGCUGGGAACAGGUUUCGCCGCUGUCCGCUCGCUCGACGGCGAAACAGAAAGGUGCUCAAUUCCGCGUUGUGUGGAGGUAUUUUUCGACGUCUCACGCAACGCGCUGAUUUUUUGCCCAAAUAGCAAAAAAAUACAACAAAUUUACUACAGAAGAAAAAAAAAACAAAAAACAAAAAACAGUAAACUCACAAAAUUAUCAAAGCAUAUUUCGCGACGCGUUUCAACAAAUAAAUUUCAAGUGUUUUUGCGUUCAAAUAUUUGAACAAAAAAAAAAAGCUAAACCAAAUAGCAAAAGCUGUUUCAAAAGGCAAAAGAAAUAAUCAAAUAUAUAUAGGUAUAUCUCUAUAUAUAAAUACAUCUAUAUGUGUCAAUUGCCACAAAUUGGCAAUUCCGAACAAAUUUACCUACAAAAAUCAAAAGAUAACAACAAAUUCCAAAAUCCAACAAGUGCAACAUGGUUUCCAAUAAAAAUGUUCAAAUCAUAGCCAAUAAAUAACUGCUUAAUAAAAAUAAGAAUAUCAAAAUCAUCUAACUUACUUAGAAAAGUAACUGUGCAUAGACUACAAAAGUAACUCGAAAGCCGUUGAAGUGACAUUUUUUGACAAAACGUAUCUUUAAGAUACAAAACGUGCAUUUACGGAUUUAACAACUGGGCGUGCAGUAACUGCAGCAACAACAAGAAAAACUGCAAUUGGAUAUAUAGCAUCUACAGGUGCUUAGAAACUAUCUCAAUUGCUGCUGUAAAUUAUUCAAAGCUGCCAGAAGAGUAUCUUUACUAUUGAGUUGCAAAGUAUCUGCAAGCCGCAAGGCGUUUCUUCAGCUGCAAUAGACGCAUCUAUGAUUUGCAAAGUAUCUAGAAGUUAGAGCACGUAUCUACAGCUGCAAUAGACACAGGCAAAAGUAUCUACAGGCAUCCACAACUUCAUGCAUUGCCCUCGCUGGCAAUCCAGAGCUUAAAACCCAUUGCCAGUUACAGCAGCAACAGUUGCCAGCAGCCCGACAGCAACAUGCUGACCAUGGAGGCGGACAUGAAAUGCGGCAUACUGCCCGGCCAAAUGCCGCCGCUGCAUGGCCAUGCCCAUGCGGCAGCAGCCACGUCGUAUUCGGCGCUGGCGCCGCUCAUGAAUCUCGGCCCGUCGCAUCUGACGCACUCACAUCUGAGCCAGCACAAUCAUCACCAUCAUCACCAUCACAUGAGCGCACACAUUGCGGCCAGCCAGAGUCCCAAUCCGCUCAGCUCGCUGCAGUCGAGCAUUGCCAACACGCUGAACGGCGCGACACAGCAGCAGCAGCAACAGCAGCAACAGCAGCAGCAGCAGCAGCAGAGCUCGCCGCUGCACAGCUCCAGCGAGCUGAGUCCCACACAGAGCAGCAUUGGCAGCCAUCACAUGACCUCCCCAGUUAGCCAUCAUCAACAGCAGCAGCAGCAGCAGCAGCACUCGCAGCCGCAUCCGCAGCAGCAGCAGCAGCAUCCGACGCUGAUGGGCGCCGGCAGCGCCCUGAGCAGCAUGACCAAUGCCGGCAACAAUAAUAAUAACAACAACAACAACAGCGCCACGGCCAACAAGAAUCAACAGCACGCGGAUCGCGUGAAACGGCCGAUGAAUGCAUUUAUGGUCUGGUCACGUGGCCAGCGCCGCAAAAUGGCAUCCGACAAUCCGAAAAUGCAUAAUUCGGAGAUCUCGAAGCGCUUGGGCGCCCAGUGGAAGGAUCUGUCCGAGGCGGAGAAGCGACCCUUCAUCGAUGAGGCGAAACGUUUGCGGGCGGUGCACAUGAAGGAGCAUCCGGAUUACAAGUAUCGGCCGCGUCGCAAGACCAAAACGCUGACCAAAACCAAGGAGAAGUAUCCAAUGGGCGGCCUAAUGCCCGGCCAGCAACCGGGUCCCGAGCCGGGCACACCCACCCGCGUCUCGCAGGGCAUGUCCCAGAGCCAAGCGCUGAACGGAUCGGGCGGUGCGUCCGCAGCGGCUGCCGCUGCUGCUGCCGCUGCCGCUGCAGCGCAGCAGGUGCGUCCGAACAUCCAUCAGAUGAGCGUGCCGAACGGCUAUAUGCCCAACGGCUAUAUGCAUCCCGAUCCCGCCGGCUAUCAGACGCACUACAUGAACUACGCGCCGCGCUACGAGAUGAGCCACAUGUACAAUGGGUAUGGGAUGUACGACACGGUCGCCGGCGGCCAGACCUCACCCUACGGCAGCAGCCUGCAGCAGCCGGGCUCGCCGUCGCCGUACGGCUCCGGACUGCAGCAGCAGCCGACGGGCGCGGUGACGGGCACCGGUUCGCCGGCGCCGUAUGGCGCACAAGUAUCCUGCCAGAGUCACAGUCCCAGCGAUUCGAGCAUUAAAUCGGAGCCCGUCUCGCCCAGUCCCAGUGCAAUUGCGCUCAAUAAUAACAACAACAAUAACAACAAUCACAUCAUGAAACGCGAGUACGUGUCGGCGGCAGCAGCAGCUGGCGCUGGCGCCGAUCUCAACAAUCUGAUGAACAUGUAUCAUCUGCACGACGGACUCUCCGGUGCGCCGGAGCAGCAGCGGCAUCUGAUGCACUAUCAGACGGGCUCGCCGGAGCUGCAGCAGCAACAGCAGCAGCAGCCACUGCAGCAUGUAAUGCAUCACCAACAGCAGCAGCAGCAGCAGCAGCAGCAACAUCAGCAACAGCAGCAGCAACAGCAGCAGCAGCAACAACAUCAGCUGCAUCAGCAAUCGCUGCGCGCAAUGGCGCCGCUGGCACAUAUGUGAGAAAUGGCCAGCGCCUAUGGAGCCGUGGCCGCGUCUGCAACUGUGUCGCCGCCGCCAACAGCUGCUGGCGCUUAUAUGCCAGCAGCAGCAGCAGCUGCAGCGGCGGCAGCAGCACAGCAGCAGCAGCAGCAACAGUUGCUGAACGGCCGGCCUAGUCCGACUGCAUCUGGUUCGGGUUCGUCGGGCGGUCGCUCCUCGGCGCAUUCUAGUGGUCACACUGCCACCGCGCAUUCACCCGCCUUGGCGGCGGCUGCUGUUGCCGCUGCCGCCUAUCAGCUGUCCGCAACGUCAGCGGCGGCAGCAGCAGCAGCGGCCUCCUCCUCCUCUGCGUCCGCCACGGCCGCUGCCUCUAGCUGCCAAGCGGCCAGUGCGUUUGUGGCCUCGGCCAGCAUGCUGGACAUGCAACAACAACUGGAGGAGCAACAGCAGCAGCAGCAGCAGCAACAACACCACCAGCACUACCUGCAACAUCAGCAACAUCUGCAACUCCAGCAUCAGCAGCAGCAGCAGCAACUGCAACACCAUCAACAUCAGCAGCAGCAGCAGCAGCAACAGCAUCAGCUGUAUCAUUAUCAUGCCACGCAUUCGCAGCAGCUGCACGCGCACGAGGCAAGCGCUGGUUUGUUGGAUAUAUCCACAUUGUAAAUUAUUGAAUAUAUAUAUAUAAAUUACUCUACACACAAACACACACUCACACACACACACACACAUUUAGCGUUAAUUGCAAGCGUAACAUAAACAAUUUUUAGCUUUAGUUUUAACAAGAUAAUUCAUUUUAGCACUUGUAAUUACAAAAUGAAUUCAAUUGAUAAAUAAAUACAAUUAUUAAACCUAUAAAUAAAAGCAUUUUACAAUUAAGCAUACGCACUGUUGUACCAUAUGAAGCGAACAUCUUUCCACAAACACACACACACACACACACACACACACACACAUAUACACCUCCACAUUCCAAAACUUGCAUUCCACAACAUUUUGGUAAAGAAUAAAAAACCUAAACGACAAUUGUGUGAUACAAAGAAA